AUGACAACUUCGGUGUUAGACGAUGAAAAUAUUCAUGUCAAAGAGCUCAACAGACUGUUUCUAAGUUGCGUAAAAAAUGGCGACACACACUUGGACGCUACUGGCUUACAGGAUUUAUGCAUUAAACUCAACCUUUGUUCUUUUACUGAUGUCAUACUUGAACGAAUACUCGGUGGUUGUACAGUUGUCGACUUUACGAUGUUCAAAGAACGGUUUAUGCAGUUGCUGCCAGAUAUUAUCAGCGUUUCCACGGUAGCAGAAAAUCUUGAAAGUAAUGCAGAAAAAAAUUUGUUGGAACUUGGAAUUGAACCCUGUGGUUUUUUAACUCGCUACGACAUUCGUAUUUUGUGCGGGCAUACGCCAGAACUAAAUAGUCUUGGGAUAAUGGAGAUCGAUAAGCUUUUUGACCAUGCGGAUACUAGCCAUAUAGGACGCAUCACAUUAGCACAAUUUCUUGCUGAAUAUCAAAUGCAGAAGUGGUUAAGCGAAGAAGUGAAUUUUAUUACUGAAACUUUCAUACCUUCAGUGAAUUUGUUCGAGGCAUUGGAUCUUUCCAACACUGGAAGCAUUCGAUGCCAGGAAUUGUUGGAACAUUGGCGAGCGUGCGGUAUUAGCAUGGAACAGGGUUUAUAUGUUUUGAAGGUUUCCGGACAACCACUUGAAGGGACGAUCAAUGCUAUCUCACUUAGUGGUAGUCUGGAGCGACAGUUAGGUACUUUAGUAGCUGCAUCGACUGCCUCCCCAGUAAUUCGAGUUGCUCUGCUUUCACUUCAUGCUUUUAUCGAUCACCUAAGGUGUUCGCUAAAGGAGGCUGAAUUGCGUGCAGAACAUUUUUACAAACAAUUCCAGCAGGCGAAUCAGAGACAUGUUCUUUUGAUCGAAGAAUUAGAGCAAAAUCAACUCUCCAUUGAGCAGACAUAUGAGCAACGGUGUAGGAGUUUUGAUGAAGGCUAUCGGAAAAAAAUAAGUCAAAUCGAGGAGCAGUUCUCUCAAGAAAAAAAAGACUUGCUAGCUGAAUUGGAAAAGGCAGAAGAAAAACUUGCUGAAUUUCGAAAAAAUGAGUCAUCGUAUCGUACUCGUUUGCAAUUGCUUGAACGGCAGUACGCACGAAUUACAGAAGAAGCAAAGGAAUUAUCUGAAACGGUGCAGCAAUCAGAGCAAAUGAACCGACAUCUACGCAGCGAGCUGAAUAAGGCAUUACAACCGCGGCUAAUGGAAGAAACGCAGCCAACGAUGAUGCUGAGACGUCGUGUUGAAUUACUUAUUACUCACAACAAGAGGUUACGGGAAAAAAUACAAGAAUUAACAAUUAAUCGGAAAAAACGCAAUAGUCGUUUCAACACGGUUGAGCCACUUUAUUUUCACUGGACCAGUACGUUUAGAUUGGAAAUGUUGGCUUUAAAAAGGCGUAAGGAAGAUAGACCAAUUGAUACACUAUCAGAGAUGGAAAGUGAACCGGAGUCUAUUUUUAUGAGAUUCAGAAGGCGUCGUAUGUUGAAAGUCAAGGAACGAAAACGUCGGCAUGACCGAAUUGCUAGGACUAUGGACAAUUCGUCAUCAAAUGAGUGGGUAGUGAAUGCAAGGAAUGAUAAAGAAAAGAUAUCAGAUGUUACACUGAAUAAAAAGCUCAAACAAACUUUGCUGGACGGUCCACACGACAGUGUGGAGAGAAUCAAAGAGCAGCAUCGAAAAGAGAUUGUGGCUUUAAAACACUCUGCUAAUAAGACUCUUGCAGAUGCUUUAAUUGAUCAGCAACAACGAAUUACACAAAGUUUCGAGAAGGAACGGCGCCAAUUUCAAAUACAGUUAGUUAUCGAAAGAAACACUUUAGAGCGAAAAUUCGCAGAGGAAAAAAUGAAAAUGAUCGGUCGAUUGCAGGAAGAAUUUGGAUGCGAAUUAAAUUGCCUAAAAACAGUCAUGUCUCCUUCUACAUAUGACAAUUCACAAUUAUUUGCUCGUAAACUUGGGUAUAAUGGCGAAAGUAUUACUGUUGAAAAUAUGAAAAGCAUUCAGACGUAUGGCUCAGUUCAAUCUCAAUCUCUAUUCAGCAUUAAACGGCCACAGUGCAGUACUUUGGUGGAAGAGUUCCGGAAAAGUGGUGAUUCAUAUAAUAUGUUUAAUCAGAGUAAUAAUAUUGAUAUGUUGAAUAUAGAGAAGACAUUGCCACCGCCAACGCCAUUUUGUAAAAUGGUGCACGGCAAAUGCUCCCAUUAUGAAAUGAUAAGAACAAAGCUAAGGCAGAUUCAUGCAGCCGUAGCAGGUGAGAAUAAUAUCGUUGAAAGUGGUUUUGAGGAUGUUAUCUCUAGUGCUGAUAGCAUAACCGAAGAACAUGCGCAUUUGAAGAACGAAAUCAAAAAACUGAGCGGGCGACUUUGUUCGGCUCGUGAAAAAAUCAUAGAAUUGCGUGCUUACUUUGCAAAAUGCUCCGCUAGUUGUGUGGAGAGCUUUGAAAAUUGGCAAAUUGGACAACCAGCGGGUGACUGCUUGACUGCUAGAAGCACAUGGAUACGUCGAAGAACAAUAGCUCCUGAUAGCAUUUCGAAAAUGGAACAACUUAAAGCGGAAAAUGUUUUGCUUAGUGCACGAUUAAUAGAAUCAACAGAAUUGGUGAAAAUGUUGAUUCGGGAAUAUAGUGAUCAGUUAAAUAGAACGUCACGUUUAGGGAGAUUUAUCCGUUCUAUAUACUCUAUUAACGAUGAAUAA